CAGCCUCAACUGCCAACUUCAACACAAGGUUCAGAAUAGACUUAGCCUGGGUUCUUCUGUUUGCUGCUGACACUGACUGAACAAGGACUACCGGCAACACUUCCCACACCACCUCUGAAUCCAACAGACUGAAAGAAUGAAGGUUACUAUUAUCACAUUUUGCCUGAUUGGAGCAGUUUUUGCCAACCCAAUUUCAUUCAGUGCUGUUUUGCUUUCAAGUGAGCUUGACUCAAACUCGACUGAAAGUGUGUCUGUUUCACAAUCAUCUGAGAAUGACACUUCAGAGCUCAAGAGCUCUGAAGAAAACAUCUCAAAUUCAAGUCAGAGUUCAGAGUCACAAUCAGUGGAAUCCACAUCUGAGGACACGACUUCAGAGGAGAGUAACAGUCUAUCAGAUGAGGAUGAUGUGUCUGACUCCUUGGCUGAAACCAGAGAUGACAGCAUGGGCAGUGAGGAGAAUGUCAGACAGAGCUGGGUUCGAGUGUUUGCAAGCGUGAUCAAAAUCCUGAGUGCAGAGGACAACAGCACAGAGGUCAAGGGUCAUUCCAUGGAGCUGAAUGAGAAACAGCCCUCACACACCUCCAACAGUGCCACUUUCAAACACAGAGACAACAUGGCUCAGGGUCACACAGACCUCCAGCUAGUGGAUGCUACCUCAGACAGCAGUGACACCACCAGCGAGAGCACAGACACCAGCGACAGUACAGGUGAAACAGCUGCCACCAGUGAGAGCAGUCAGAGCGCCAGCAAAGAAAGCAAUGAGACCAACGAGACCAGUGAGGACAGUGACAGCAGUGAUGCCAGCAAAAGCGCAGAGGACAGUAAUGCCAGCGACAGCACUGAGCUGACACAAAUCAAAGACUGUGUGAAUGGGACUGAGAGCUGUGAAAGCGAUGAGUAUUUCUUCCAGGACAUAGGAGAUGAUGCCCAUUAUUCAGUGGACAAUCUGAUGGUUCCAGAUGACGAUGAAAGGGAGUUUACUCUGAGGAGAUGAUGACAUGCACUUAUGGGUUUUUUUAUACGUUUCCCACUAUGAACUACAUUAUUAAACUACCAGCCUGAACACUUCAGUGACAUAUGCCCAUCGCCUCUGAAUGUUGACUUUCUCAUACUGUUAUCUGCACCUGACUUAAAUUGUGUUGUACUAUUGUAAUGAUAAUU